UUUGGUUCGUGAAGUGUGUAAUUGAUAAAGAUGAAGGGGUUAUUGGUACAACUUGAAAUAAAAAAGAAAAUUUAAUGGUAUGGCAUAAUAAACCCUAGGAGAAGAAAAGAAAAGAAAGCAGCAGCAGCAAUGGCCGAAGGGAAGAAGACGAAGACUAAUGGGGUUGCAAAAGAAGAAAUAUUUGCUGCUUGUGAUUUCGCUAGUCUUGGCCUUCACCCUGCCUUAUGCGACCAACUUAAAGACAGAAUGGGAUUUGAAGCUCCAACCUUAGUUCAAGCUCAAGCUAUUCCGGUUAUCCUCUCCGGGCGACACGUGCUUGUUAAUGCGGCUACUGGCACUGGUAAAACCAUAACUUACCUGGCUCCAGUUAUUCAUCAGUUGCAAAACUACCAUCCUAAAAUUCAGCGGUCUGAUGGUACUUUUGCUCUGGUUAUUGUACCAACGCAUGAGCUAUGCAUGCAGGUAUAUGAAAAUUUGCAAAAGUUACUGCACCGUUUUCAUUGGAUUGUUCCCGGUUAUAUUAUGGGUGGGGAAAAUAGGGCAAAAGAGAAGGCCAGGUUGCGUAAAGGAAUAUCUAUUCUUAUUGCCACUCCGGGACGUCUAUUGGACCAUUUAAAGCACACGUCGUCAUUUGUAUAUAAGAAUCUGCGCUGGAUAAUAUUUGAUGAGGCAGACAGAAUUCUGGAACUAGGAUUCGGUAAAGAGAUAGAAGAGAUACUUGAUAUUUUGGGUUCAAGGCCACACGUGUCUGAAAGCAAAGAUGCUGCAUUUGUGAGACAAAAUUUGCUCUUGUCAGCCACCUUAAAUGAGAAAGUUAAUCGUCUUGCAAAUAUGAGUUUGGACAAUCCAGUUAUGAUUGGUCUUGAUGAUACAAAGACACAACCUUCCAAUAAGCAAGUCAAAUUAUUAGAUGAUGCAAUUGAAAUGUUAGAAAAUUCUGGCAAGGCCUCGAUUACGCCAGAUGCGGAAUAUAAGCUUCCAGCUCAACUAAACCAGAGAUAUGUUAAAGUGCCUUGUGGUUCUCGUCUUGUGGUGCUUCUUUCCGUUCUAAAGGAUCUGUUCGCUAAAGAAGCGUCCCAAAAGAUUGUGGUGUUUUUCUCGACAUGUGAUGCUGUAGAUUUUCAUCAUGCACUCAUAAGUCAAUUCCAUGGAUUAUCAAAGUUGCAAUCAGAUACGGAGACGAGGGAACUCUUUGUGAAAUGCAACAUCUUGAGGUUACAUGGAAACAUGAAGCACGAGGAUCGUGUAAAAACUUUCAAUGCUUUUAAAACUGAAAAAUCAGCUCUUUUAUUGUCCACUGAUGUUUCUGCCAGAGGCUUAGAUUUUCCAAAAGUUAGAUGCAUUAUACAGUAUGAUUCCCCUGGGGAAGCAACCGAAUAUGUUCACAGGGUCGGAAGAACUGCUCGAUUGGGUGAAAAGGGGGAUUCUUUGUUAUUUCUGCAACCCAUUGAAGUUGAUUACCUGGAAGAACUGAAGAAACAUGGUGUAAUGUUAACAGAAUACCCACUGAUGAAACUUUUAGACAGUUUCCCAUUGAAACAUCAUCGUUUGAAAAAGUUUGUUUCAAUAGAAAUGCAUCCAUGGGUGCUUGAUCUCCAGAAGUCCCUUGAAUCUUUUGUUUUCAGGGAGGUGAAGAUAAAGAAGUUAGCGCAGAAUGCAUUCUGCUCAUGGGUGAGGGCGUACAGCGCGCAUCGCGGGGAGUUGAAGAGUAUAUUCAUGGUGAAAAAGCUUCAUUUGGGACACGUGGCGAAAAGUUUUGCACUGAAGGAGCAGCCGUCACUGGUGGGGAGAUCGGUUCAGAAGAAGCACACAGAAAAGAGGAAAAGAACACACAAAGUAAAAGAAGGUUUGAAAAAGAAGAGAAAGAUGGCAAACCUGGAGGAGGGAGAUUGAGUUGGCGAAUGAAUGGUGAAAGAUGAUUGAUGGUGAAGGUGCAAAUUGCAAGCAAGCAGCUGGCUGGCUGGAAGGAGAAUAGAAUGAAUGAAUGGUUUGACAACCACCAAAACAAGUAAUUACAUUACAUUACUGAGAGUGAGAUGAUGGAUGUUAUGUUAAUGUGAUGGAUAUUAUUAAUAUAUAAUAAUAAUAAUAAUUGUAAGCUACUUUAUGUCACGGUCCUUUCUUGGCUGGCUGCAGUGCUUGAAAUGAUUUGAUGAUCAUCCCCUGGCCCCCUUCUGCCUUGCUGUUUGGUUGGUUAUUACCACAUUACAUGUUAUUUGAGUUUCACUACAAUUUUUUUUUUUUUUUAAAUUUAUGUGGUACAUGAAUAAGUUUAAGUGUGUCGGUCGGUUUCCGUACUGACGGAGGUGGGGAUGGAAGUCCUUUUCUAUUUAUUUGCUUCAUAAUUGUAUGCAUAGUUUGUGGAAAGGAAGGAGAAGACGUGUGGUGGACCAAAGAUAUUUUUUUUUAUCACAUCCCUUGUUCGUUCC